AUUUCAUAAUUGUGUUUAUAUAGAAUGGAGAGUGUAGAGAAGUCCUCUCUCUCUCUCGCUCUCUUUCUCUCUCUCUGUCUCUCUUGCCCUGGAGCUCCCUUCCCUCUGAUUGGUACGUUUCCUUCCUGGCCCCGCCCCCCCUGUCUGUUAGAGGGAAAAUGACUCAGUGAGUGCCUGGACCUGCUUGCUGGUGUGUAGGCAGGCAGGACAGGAAAUGUGAGUGUGUUGUUAGGCCGACAGUGCCGUGGGUGUGCCUGUGGUGAGGGUUUGGGUUUCCUGGCUGUUCACCUGCAGCUUCAGACUUUCCUGUGCACGCUGUUGAAGUCGCCCAGAAGCGGAUGCGGGAAGAUGUUUGCUAUGGACCAGGGAGUCGUAGGAGAAUGGCUGGCUGAGUUUAAGACUCUUCCGGAAGCGGCUGUGUCCGGCUAUGCUGCCUCCCUGAAGGAGAAGACCUCUCUGGUUCCCGCUCUCUACAAGGUCAUCCGGGAGAAUUACAGUGAUCUGCUGGAGCCGGUGUGCCACCAGCUCUUUGAGUUCUACCGCAGCGGGGAGCCGCAGCUGCAGCACUUCACCCUGCAGUUCCUCCCGGAGCUGCUCUGGAGCUACCUGUCCGUCACCUCCAGCCGCGACCCCCACUGCAGCGGCUGCAUCGAGGCGCUCCUGCUGGGCAUCUACAACCUGGAGAUCGUGGACAGAGACGGCCAGAGCAGAGCGCUGUCCUUCACUGUCCCGUCCCUGUCCAAACCGUCGGUUUACCACGAGCCCUCCACCAUUGGCUCCUUGGCCCUGACGGAAGGGGCUCUGGCCAAUCACGGGCUCAGCCGGGUGGUGUACAGCGGACCCCACCUCCAGAGGGAGACGUUCACGGCGCAGAACCGUUUCCAGGUCCUGACGUUUCUCCUGCUCUGCUACAACGCCGCCCUGAGCUACAUGACCGCUCUGUCGCUGCAGUCCCUGUGUCAGCUGGGCUCCAGGGUCUGUAUCUGCGGCUACCCCCGGCAGCAGUUAAGGCGCUAUAAAGGAAUCAGCUCCAGGAUGAUGGUGUCUUCAGACUUCCUAGUGCAGCUUAUCACUGGCAUCCACUACGCCCUGUGUAAUGGAGAGUCAGAUCUGGGCUCUAAAGCUCUGGAGGACGUGCUGUACAGGGCGCAGCUGGAGCUGUUCCCUGAGCCGCUGCUGGUGGGGAACGCGAUCAGGUCGUCGCAGCGCGGGGCGGCGCUGAAGUCCAAUAAGGAGGGCCCGCGCUGCAUCCAGGUGGAGAUCACGCCCAGCGCCUCGCGCAUCUCGCGCAACGCCGUCACCAGCAUGUCCAUCCGCGGCCACCGCUGGAAGCGGCACGACGCGGUGGAUCUGGUUUCCCCGGACGACCUGAUGGAGAUUGCGGAGGUGGACGAGGGGUUCUGCGUGAGAUCGGCCGGCGACGGCCCCCCCUCCAUCACGGUCAGCGCCACGCCCUCCGGGGGGGGGGCCAAGAGCUCGGGGAAGAGCCAGCGCAGGCUCGGGGGGGGCAAGGCCAGCAGCCGGGACGGGUCGGAGGGCAGCCGGGAACACCUGUCCCGCAGGCAGCAGGCGGGGGCGGGGGGCCGGGCCAUGAGCGAGAACCUGGAGCUGCUGUCACUCAAACGGCUCAACCUCACCUCCAGCCAAUCGGUGCCCAAGCCGGCCGCCCUCGGCCUGUCCCACGCCGGCAGCGUGGUCUUCUCCCGCUCCUUCGAGCAGGUCAGCAACGCGCUGGCGGGAGGCCCCGCCCACGGCCACGCCCACGGCCACGCCCCGCCCAGCCGCUACUCCGCCUGCAGCCUCCAGGAGGAGCGAUUGGCCCCCGACCCCCUCAGCCCCGCCCAGCACAAACGCCCCUCCCCCAGCAGGAGCAUCCACCUCUCCACUGAUAUUUGACCCCAGAUCCUCACCUUACCCCCCCUCCCAGCCAGAACUGCCCCUCACCCUACCCCCCUACCCGCCAGAACCGCCCCUUACUACACCUUACUGCCCCCCUACCAGCCAGAACUGCCCCUUACUGCCCCCUACCUAGGCCUAAGCACAUACCAGUGAGGACCAUGGAUGCCCCCCCCCCCACCACCCCUUCCUGCACUGCACUGCCAGCAUAUCCGCUGCCUAAAGACUUGAGGACACCACUUUCUGGAGUUCCCCUAACUGCCCCAAACUGCCCCACGGAAGCCAUGGUUCCCCCCUCGUCCCGCCCAGUGUGCUGCAGGCAUCCAUUAAUAAACAUGCCUGCAGCCCCGGAACAAACCCCCCUCCCCUACUCCGGCCUGCACUGCCCCCAGUGGCACUGAGCCAUAACUACAGCACCUUAGAGUCUGAUGCGUGUUGGAUAGAUAAGUCCUCCCUCAGAACCUAUUUUGAGUGCGGUCCAUGUGUUUGAUGCCCCCCACCCCAGGUACUGUGCAGGUAUUAUUACUGUACUAUUUAGGUGUUAUAAAUGAUGUGUAUUUUUGACCUGCGGAGGUGCUCUGUGUGCUGUUUUUACGCGGAGGGCGAUGUGUAGCUGUAGUGUUUCUGAAUGUUCCCGGGCUGUCGAGGCGCGGUGUGUGCGAUGGAAUGUUCCGGUGGGAUACGCUAGCGUUGGGAUAAAGGACAGACGCACUGUUUUACAAACAUACAGAACGAGGGCACAAAUCCGGAAGUCACUCCUGUUUGCAGUACAGCACAGCGUGUGUUAACGCUACACUGUAAACCACUUCUGCAGUAGAGCGUUUUUUUCCCUUUAACCCGAAAAGCCCUGUAAAAUUAGGAACCAAAAAUAAGUCCUUGUUUACAUGAGUAACUGGUGCAGUCAUGCAGUAGAAGCAAUACCGCUGUCAUGCUCCCGAGUCCUGUGGUUUGUAUCUCGGACUUCUGUGGCCGAGGUUCGGAGAUUAGUGUUAUUUUGUAUGCUGUAAAGGACAGAGGAAAGGCAGUAUUACAUUGCCAUGGAAACUUUUUAAGAGCACAGACAUCCCAGAAAGCCAAACUUCUUUCCUUUCGCCCAUUUAUUAUUAUUCAAUCCUUUUCGUCUUUUUCCUGUUUUCAAUUUUUACAAUGGUCUGGUGUUCGUUUACUUGGUUUUUCAUCUUUUUCUCGUAAAAAAUGACAUGAAACCAAGCACUGUGGUACAUUAUCGUCGGUUUAAGAAAGAUUUCCUCCUUUUUUGUCAGUUUUGGUAAACUUAGAGAAACGUGUGUAUUAGGUACAUUUCCAAGAGAUGUCAUAUUUUUGUGAAUAAGUGAAAGAAUAACAAUCAAAAUCUGUAUUUUUGUUUACAGAAAGUGGAAAUACUCUUGUGAAUUGUACAGAUUAUUGUACUAAGGUUUUUGCAUUUUGUCUGAAAAUAACUGAUUGCUAUCGCUUCACAAAAUAAAGUGUUUAUAUAUUUCAAA